AUGAAGGGUCAACAAAAUGACAUGAGAGGUAAAUGGACCACGUUCAUCGAUGAGGCUGGUUUUUAUGAACUUGUAUUUAGUUCCAAAUUACCCGCUGCUAAAAAGUUCCGUGAUUGGGUAUUUGAAAAAGUCCAUCCAUCAAUCUGUAAAUAUGGCCAAUACAAACUGUUUGAUAACCCCCGGAAUAAGAUGAUUAUGAUUAGCAAUGAGACUGACCUCCAUUAUAAAGUCGUAGACAUGAUAAGAAGAUUCUAUCCUGAUGGUAUAUUAGUAGCAGGUCUCGGGGAACUACAGGACACUGAAGACAAGAGACUGGACUCAAAUAAAAAGGGUUAUACGAAAGGCCAACCAGACCUGACGAUACUCAAGUCUUAUAAGGACUUUAUGGGCCUCGGCAUAGAAUUAAAAUUGCCAACUGGCAAUUACCGUGUAUCAGAUGCUCAAAAAGAGAUGAAAAAG